GUGGAUUCCUUCGCCAUGAAGAACUGCAGUUCAGGAUCUGCUACUCUCUCAAAAAUGGCUCUGGAGGGUUCCUUCAGCUGCUGGAAUGGAACAGUGAUCAAGCUGGGGCAGGCAUGUGACUUCAUCCAGGACUGCGCUGAGGGAGAGGAUGAGGGAGAUAUGUGCAGAAAGCUUCCCUCUGGCUUUUACUGUUCGUUUGAAGAAGAGGACUGUGGCUGGAUGCCAGGCUCCUCUGUGUCCCAUCCUUCUCCGUGGCGGAUUGGACACCCAGAACAGAACCGUUUCCCUUCGAUAGAAGGUUGUGCACUCCUCCUUAACACCAGCAAGGCACCAGCAGUAGCAAAGACUGUCAUGACCAGCAUGGCAUUUCCAGCUCCUUUGAGGAAUUCCCCCUGUGAGCUACGCAUGUCAUGGCUCAUCCAUGGUGUCUUGCUGGGAAAUGUAUCCCUGGUGCUGGUCGAGAACAAGACAGGGAAGGAGCAGAGCUGGACGUUCUGGCAUUCAGAGAACAGUGGAGGUUUGGGAAUAUGGCAGUGGAUGAUCUUACCACUCCCAGAGAUAUUGGAUAGGUUUUGGUUUCAGAUCACUGCUUCAUGGGAAGAAGGUUCCGAUGCCAUUAUUGCUUUUGACAAUGUCUCCCUUAGUCUGGACUGUUAUUUAACAAUCAGUGGAGAGAGGACACCUCGAGGUACCCCUCCAGACUCAAGCAAUUUGCUCACCAUUAGAGGUGGCCAGAAGAAAUUUGGAUGGGAACAAAAGCUUCUGGGAAAUCUCCAGCUCAGCAGUGCCCCCUUUUCUGAUCCAGCAGAUCAGUGGCUGUUCACAACCUGUGGUGCCAGUGGACCCUAUGGCCCCACACAGAGCCAGUGCAAUGAUGCCUACAGGAACUCCAAGCUCAGAGUGGUGGUGGGAGCUGAAGGGAUUCUCCAAGGCAUUCAGAUCUGGAGAGUACCAGCAACCAACACAUACAGCAUCUCAGGCUAUGGAGCUGCAGGUGGGAAAGGAGGGAAGAACACCAUGGUGCGGUCCCACGGAGUGUCUGUGCUGGGAAUUUUUGACCUCCAGAAGGAUGAUACACUGUAUAUCUUGGUGGGACAGCAAGGAGAAGAUGCUUGUCCUAGUACUAAUGAUGUUAUUCAGAAAGUCUGCAUUGGAGAGAACAACGUGAUUGAAGAAGAGAUCCGUGUGAACAGAAGUGUCAAUGAAUGGGCAGGAGGAGGUGGAGGCGGGGGCGGUGCCACUUACAUAUUUAAGAUGGAGAACGGAGAACCGGUCCCCUUGAUAAUUGCAGCAGGGGGUGGUGGCAGGGCCUACAGGGCCAAAACGGACACAUUUCAUCCAGAAAGACUGGAGAAUGAUUCCUCUAUUCCAGGGUUGAAUGGAAAUUCAGGAGCUGCAGGUGGUGGAGGUGGCUGGAAUGAUAACACUUCCUUCCUGUGGUCAGGAAAAUCCUUGCUGGAAGGUGCUACUGGAGGAAGAUCCUGCCCCCAGGCCAUGAAGAAGUGGGGGUGGGAGACAAGAGGGGGUUUCGGAGGGGGUGGAGGGGGGUGCUCCUCAGGUGGAGGAGGCGGAGGAUAUAUAGGUGGCAAUGCUGCAGUGGACAAUGACCCAGAGAUGGAUGGGGAGGAUGGUGUGUCCUUUAUUAAUCCAAUUGGUACUUUAUACACCCCAGCACUUAAAGUGACAGAGGGGCAUGGAGAGGUGGAAAUUAGGCUGCACCUUAACUGCAGUCACUGUGAAAUGGACGAGUGCCAUGUUGAUCUUGAGACUCAAAAAGUCAUUUGCUUUUGUGAGCCAGGCACAGAGUUGGCUGAGGAUGGUGUGUCUUGCACAGCUGAGCCAGUAGUUCGUCUCCCUUUCUCCUUGGUCUUGUCUGUAGUGACUUCAGCAUUGGUGGCUGCUUUAAUUUUGGCUUUUUCGGGAAUCAUGAUAGUGUACCGCCGCAAGCACCAGGAGCUGCAAGCCAUGCAGAUGGAGCUGCAGAGCCCAGAGUACAAACUGAGCAAGCUGCGUACCUCCACCAUCAUGACAGACUACAACCCCAACUACUGCUUUGCAGGAAAAACCACAUCCAUUAGUGACCUUAAAGAGGUGCCUCGAAAAAACAUCUCCCUCAUCCGGGGUUUGGGCCACGGAGCCUUUGGUGAGGUAUAUGAAGGUCAGGUGACAGGGAUCCCCAGCGACCCCACUCCCUUGCAGGUGGCUGUGAAAACAUUGCCAGAAGUGUGUUCAGAGCAAGAUGAGCUCGACUUCCUCAUGGAAGCUCUCAUUAUUAGCAAGUUCAACCACCAGAACAUCGUGCGCUGUAUCGGGGUGAGCUUGCAGGCCCUGCCCCGCUUCAUCCUGCUGGAGCUCAUGGCUGGAGGAGACCUGAAAUCCUUCCUGAGGGAGACACGGCCCAGACCGAAUCAGCCCUCCUCCCUUUCCAUGCUGGACUUGCUCCACGUGGCCCGUGACAUUGCUUGUGGGUGUCAGUACCUGGAGGAGAACCACUUCAUUCACAGGGACAUUGCUGCCAGGAACUGCCUCCUUACCUGUCGAGGGCCUGGGAGAGUGGCUAAGAUUGGAGACUUUGGAAUGGCCCGGGAUAUAUACAGAGCCAGCUACUAUCGUAAGGGUGGGUGUGCAAUGUUGCCUGUCAAAUGGAUGCCUCCUGAGGCUUUCAUGGAAGGGAUAUUUACAUCAAAAACAGACACAUGGUCCUUUGGUGUACUGCUGUGGGAGAUAUUCUCUUUGGGAUACAUGCCCUACCCCAGCAAAAGCAACCAGGAGGUUCUGGAGUUUGUCACCAAUGGAGGAAGGAUGGAUCCACCUAAAAACUGCCCUGGCCCUGUCUACCGCAUUAUGACCCAGUGUUGGCAGCACCAGCCUGAGGACCGGCCAAACUUCGCCAUCAUCCUGGAGAGGAUUGAGUACUGCACUCAGGAUCCCGAUGUCAUCAACACCGCCUUGCCGGUAGAAUACGGCCCAUCGGCUGAGGAGGAGGAGAAGGUGGCCAUGCGCCCUGACGAUCCAGAAGGAAUUCCCCCUCUCCUGGUAUCAACACACCAAGACAGAAAGGAUGAUAAGCAAACCCUGCCAUCUCCACCACCCCUGCCAUCAGCUGUCACUGCUGGAAAAUCUCUAGGGAAAGUGGGAGCCUUGGAACAGCCAGGGAAGCUGCAGUCGGCCACAGCGGGGGGACAUAUCAACAUGGCCUAUGCCCAGUCCAAUCCCCCUUCCGAGCUUCACAAAAGCCGGGGCUCCAGAAACAAGCCCACCAAUCUCUGGAAUCCAACCUACGGUUCCUGGUUUGCGGAGAAGCAGGCCAGCAAAAACAGUUCUCUGCUGGAGAAGGAGAGGCCCGAGAGGGAGAAUUUGGGACAGGAAGGAAACUGUACUGUGGGGCCCAACAUUGUGACUGGCAGGCUGCCAGGCUCCUCCCUGCUCUUAGAGCCAUCUUCCCUAACCGCAAGUGUUAAAGAAGUGCCUCUCUUUAGGCUCCGCCACUUCCCCUGUGGGAAUGUCAACUACGGAUACCAACAGCAGGGCUUACCCUUGGAAAACUCCACACCACCUUGCGCUAGCAGUUACGAGGACCCUGUCCUUAGAAACAAGAGCCACAUAACCCAGCAGGGGCCCUGA